GUUUGAACUGUGGGUAUGUAAUUUUUGCGCGCAUAAUUUAAUUUCCCGCACUUUUUUCUUUUCGUUGCUCUCCCAAAAACAAUUUCCCUGGCGGCGUGUACUUCAAACCCUAACCCAUUCUUCCACCGCCGUCGCAACUGCCACGGCACCUCCGACCAAGUCUCAUCGGUUGCAACUUCCAUAUCAAUUUGUCCUCCUCUUUUCAGGUUGUCAUACUUUUGCCUCUUGAUCAGUUUGGCACCAAUGCAGUGCUGUGUGUAGCAAUGAGAAAGAAAAAAACUGAGAAACAAAAUUGAAAAACAACACUAGCAGAACUUUAUCAUUGUAGAUUCUGAUAAAUGGGUUCAAGAUCUGCGGAAGGAGAACAAGUACCACUCACUGACGAGUAUGAUGCCUUGAUUUCAACCACUGAUGUUGAGCUUCUCAAGCGAGCAUGGCGUAAUGAAAAAGCAGCCCCUGAGAUUCUUCGUUUUGAAUCUGAUUUGAUCAUCCGUGUCAGAGAACAGAUUGAAUUGAUGGAAGAAACUGUGGAGGAGAAAUCGACUGUUGGUACUGAUCCUCUUUCAGUAUCUCUGUAUCAGAUGGACUUGGAUAGAACCCUGUUUUUAUUAAGGUCAUACCUUCGCAUCCGCAUCCAGAAGAUUGAAAAGUACAUGUUCCACAUCCGAAAAACUGAAGAACUUUGGAACAGGCUUUCUAAGGAUGAGAAAUUUUUCACUGAAAGGUGUACAGAUGACCUAAAGAAGCAUCUGGAGGAGAGUGUUCUAUCAACACUGCCUGAAAAUUAUCAGUCUUAUGAGAGGCAAUCUGUAAUUAGUGAAGAGGUUGACAUGGUUCCAGAACCACGACUCGACACAUUUGUUUUGUGUAGAAGUAAAGAAUAUCUCACAGGCAUUCAACUUGAAGAUGGACCUGUUGAUGACAGGUCGAAGCUGUUUGAGAUGGAGCCUGAUGUCCUUUACUUCAUAUGUUACAAAUCAAUAAAGCCACUUGUAGAGAGUGGCAAAAUUGAUCUUCUAUGACAAGUAAACAAUUUGGAUAUUGAUGCUCAUGAGACAGCCUCUCUUGUUGAGAAAUUGUUACCAAGACUAAAAUUUUACUCCUGACAGUGCCCUUUUUCUUAAUUCUGGUUUAUGUCUUUGCAUAAUGUAAUUCAACCAUCUAUGGGGAAGAGAGUGUAAUUUACUCGUAUAAAUUUCCACAUUUUUGCCUAAAAAGUAUGUAUGAAAUGGAUAACCGUUAACAAUACUAAGACAAAGCCUGAAUGGCUCAUCCAUGUGAUCAAUUGAAGGAUGCAUAUAGCAAUAAAAAAAAAUUAUGGAUCCAGAAAUAUCUAGAAAAGCAUGUCAGCUUAUGAGACACUGGAAACACUUAACAUAACUUUCAUAAUGCCAGAAACCAAACUAAGGUUGAAAUUGUAAGAUAACACAUUUGUUUCAAGUUUGAACCAUGCUCUUUGACUAAGGAAAAAAAUCUAGAUAACAGAUCUGAGUCCAAUUUACAAUUAUGCAAUUUGUUGAGUAUUAUAUCAUAUGACUGCAGAACAACAAACACUAGAUAAACUUAUUCAUAAUUCAGAGAAAGAGAAAGAUCAUCAACAAACACGAGAUGGAAUCAUAUGAUCAUUUGAAGGACCUUCAUCAAAGUUGAGACAAUAGCUUUGAAGAUCAUAGCUGUACUUUGGAGUACUACUCCUUUUCCACCCCAGAGAUUGUUUCCAACAAUUCUUCAACUUACAAAAUAGUUUCUUAA